GGAGCGGCCGCCCGCCCCGGCGAGAGGCGGGGGCGCUGCUGAUCUGCCUCGGCCGCCUGCAGCCCCGGUCCCCACGGGCUGGCCGGAGCGGGGCUGCAGCCUGCGGGACGGGAGCCCCUCGGCUGCAGCGGGGGGAAGGGGGCGAAGUCCGCUCUUCAUCCUCAGCAUCACCCUCAGCAUCAUCGUCUUGCUUCCUCGACGGGCAUGGCGAGCUGAGCCGUGCACCCAACAGCCGGGCCGGGGGGCAGCCCCCCGGCUCACCUGAGCGGCGAUGGGCGGCGGAGGGGGGGCCGAGCGUUGAGCCCCCCUGGCCCGGCUGCCCCCCGCCGGCCCGCGGCGUUAGGGUGUCGCGGGGGGGCCGGGGGGGGGGGAGGGAGAGGCUGGAGGGCUGCGGGGAGCCCCAGGGGAGAGGGGGGAAGUGGGGAGCUCGCCUGCCUCCGCCCGGCCCGGCGCCAUGCCGCGGCGGCUGGCUUGGCUCUGCUGCUGCUGCUGGGCAAUGCUGCUGCUGCUGCUGGGCUCCUGUCGCUCCACGGAGCCCGCGGAGGGAGGCAGCCUCGGGGAGCCGCCGCAGCCUCCUCCCGCAGCCUCCUCGGGCUUCCUCUACCGGCGGCUGAAAUCGCACGAGAAGCGGGAGAUGCAGCGGGAGAUCCUCUCCGUCCUGGGGCUGCCGCACCGUCCGCGCCCGCCGCCCCGGCAGCCUCUGGCCCCGGCACCGGGGAGGCUGCCGGCGGCUCCGCGCUUCAUGCUGCGUCUCUACCACGCCCUGGCAGAGGCUGCGGAGGGCACCGCGGCUGCGGAUCGGCGUGGUCGCCAGCCGGUGCCCGUGCCCGUGCCCAGCGCGCAGGACAGCGCCUUCCUCAACGACGCCGACAUGGUCAUGAGCUUCGUCAACCUGGUUGAGUAUGACAAGGAAUUCACACCUCACCAGCAGCACCACAAGGAGUUCAAGUUCAAUUUGUCUCAGAUUCCUGAGGGCGAGGCUGUCACAGCUGCUGAGUUUCGGAUCUACAAGGAUUGUGUGGUGGAGAGCUUUAAAAACCAAACCUUCCUUAUCAGCAUCUACCAAGUGCUGCAGGAACAUCCAAACAGAGCCUCUGACCUGUUUCUCCUGGACACACGAGCAGUGUGGGCCUCAGAGGAGGGAUGGCUGGAGUUUGAUGUCACUGCCACCAGUAACAUGUGGGUGAUGAACCCUCAGCACAACAUGGGGCUCCAGCUGAGCGUGGUGACCCAGGACGGUUUCAGUGUAAAUCCUAGAGAAGCAGGCCUUAUAGGGCGAGAUGGCCCUUAUGACAAGCAGCCUUUCAUGGUGGCCUUCUUCAAAGUGAGCGAAGUCCAUGUCCGGACCACUAGGUCAGCGACAAGCAGGCGCAGGCAGCAGAGUCGAAACCGCUCCACCCAGGCUCAGGAUGUUUCCAGGGUAUCGACUGUCACAGAUUACAACAGCAGUGACUUAAAAACAGCGUGCAGGAAGCAUGAACUUUACGUGAGCUUCCAAGACUUGGGAUGGCAGGACUGGAUAAUCGCUCCAAAGGGCUAUGCAGCCAACUACUGUGAUGGGGAGUGUUCAUUUCCACUCAAUGCACAUAUGAAUGCAACCAAUCAUGCCAUCGUACAGACUCUGGUUCAUCUUAUGAAUCCCGAUUACGUUCCCAAACCAUGUUGUGCACCUACCAAACUAAAUGCCAUAUCAGUUCUUUAUUUUGAUGAUAAUUCUAAUGUAAUCUUGAAGAAAUACAGGAAUAUGGUAGUAAGAGCUUGUGGAUGUCACUGACAAACAUUCUUCACAUGGACUCUAUGAUUCUACCAUGAACUUCCAUACUACCUUCUGUACUUCAAUGAACUACCUGACCUUGGGAAAAAAAAAAAAAGGUUGACAAAAUAGCUUUCCAAACACCAUUUAUGUGCCUUGUGCAAGAAAAGGGCUUGGGGAACCGCACACUGUGGCGUGAGCGAAUUGCUGGAAUUCUUAAAACCCAACCCAACGCUGCAGCAGCCACUCAGCUCCGCAGAGCCAGGGCUCGCAAAGCAGCAAUAUGCCUGCACACAUGCUUUACUUGGCUGGGAUGGUCUUAAUCUCACAUAGCAGCUUGGCCUUAUCAGUUGCUUGGAUGUGUGCUGCAGUUUUACCAGAUGGAUACCCAAAAGCAGUGAGUCUUUCUGGGGCAGAGGGAAAGAGACGCUAAAGAAAGAAUCGCUAGUACAUCAGACUUAGAGCAUACACCAUGGACAAAAUAAUAUGAAAUGCCUAAGGCUAGUAAUUGCCUUUUGUCUAGAAGGAUCUAUUACUACACCUAUACUGUUAGUCUCCUCUUGAAACAUGUCAUGAUAUAUGCAUCUAAAAUUGUGCCAAAGCAAACGUUUUGAGUCCCUUGGUCUCCAAGCAGUUUAAAUUUGAUGCUGCAAGCGUGAGAUGGCUUGGCUGCCCCGUGUUAGAAAUACUAGCAUGGAGUUGGACUCUGACUGGUCUUUUCAGUUCAGUAUUUGACUGGGCAUUCUAGGUUUAUACACUUGUUCUUAUGCAACUUCCUUCCACUCCCCACAUGUAGCUGCCUCAUCUACCACCACCUACUCAGGAAGGAAGUCAGGACACUUCUCUAGCUGUAAUUCAGAUGUAAAAGUUUAGGGGCCAUUCAUUCUCUAGCUGGACAAUUUAUUUACAGGAAGAAAGAAUGUCAGCAAUUUACUUAAGUAUUUGGCCAACCUUUCCCCUUCAACUCACGCAACUAACAAACUGGUAUAAAGGAUACAAUCACAUGGUAGCCACAGUUUGUCUAGCAAAAGCUAAUAGCAAAUUGUUUUGAUCAAUAUUAAACGCGUAUUAAAUGCACUUACCUCUGAUUCUUGCAUUUAAAUGGCUUCUUGUAAAUACAAGCUAUAAUUUAUUGCACCUGUCACUGUAUAUUCAUUGUGCUGUAUCAUUUAUAGAAAGACUGCUUUUUUAAAAAGUUUUUAUUUAGAAAAAUCUCAGUGUAAACAAUUGUACCACUUCGAUUUUAUACAAGAAACUCAUGACAUUGUGCUUCACUAGAAAGUUGUUAAAAACAUGGUAAUAAAGGCUUCCUUUAAGGCA